AGAAUACACCCCCACCACAACACCUGUUGAUUGAACCACAUCGUGCUGCGUGCACCGCGGUAUUACUUGAAUGCAUGUACGUAGGAACACGUCCAUAGACUGCACAGCUGUUUGUUUUUAUUUCUGCAAUCUGUCACCGACUGAUAAAUCUAAAUUGAUGUACAUCAUCAUGUAGAUAAUAUUCAUUAGGACCAGAUGAUGGCACUUUUACGGAGAGUACGGGGACUUUUCUGGAUCGUUUGGGUGAUUUAUAUUCCCGCAGUUGUCCAGUCACAGAACUCGUCUACGACAUUCACAACUUCAACUUCCAAUGAAACAACAACAGUGCCUCUUCAAAAUACAUCUCAAUAUUCAACGGUCGUUACUGAGUUAAUGACAGAAUUGUUAACGGUCUAUGAUGACAUAAACGCAACAACUCUAGAAACAUCCACCGGGCAAGAAAGAUCAACACGCACAGCUAGAGAUGCUGAUGAAAGAGCCUGUCGCUAUGAACCAUGUCUAGGGAAUGGGGAUUGUAUAUUAGCUGAUACUGCAAGAGGUUAUGUGUGUGAUUGCAGACCGGGUUAUUCAGGGAGAAGAUGCGAGGUGUACACCGAUCCAUGCUCGUUGAAUCCAUGUUAUGAGAAUGAAAUAUGCGAGACUAUAAUUGACGCAGACUACACAUGCACUCCCUACAACAUGACUACGCCAGCACCACCACCACCACCAAAACCGCUAUCACUUGGUACAAUUAUCGCCUUCACGUUACUGAGCGUUCUUCCAAUUCUCUUUCUGCUCUUCACCUUAUGGUUAUUAUGGUUGACAACAUGGCGUCACAUUCACGACGAGCCGUUAUGUUCAUCAGGAACGCAUAGCUCCAAUGGAAAAUAUAGACAAGAUAACGGGGAUGUCUACUAUGAUGUAUACAAUAAAAGGGCAUCAAAGAUCUACUUAAUCUCCAACGGUAACGCUACGCAUCGAACACAACACCUUGAAGAUAAAUGGAUCAUUCCGGAGAGCGAGGUGGAGAUGGGAAAGCUACUCUACAGUGGAGAGUUCUCAUACGUAUGUGAGGGAGAGCUCAAGCAAGGCAAUGAUGACCCAAUCAAAGUGGCUCUUAAACUAUUAAGAGAUGAGAAUGAUCAAGAGUCAAUAACUGAAAUGAGGAAUGAAUUCCAAGUUCUAGCAAACCUUGGCAAACAUCCAAACAUUCUCCUGCUACUGGGACAGUGCAACAGAGUACUUGAACAAUCAGUUCAAACGUGCCUGGUUAUGGAGUAUGUUGCUCGUGGUGAUAUGCUUCGAAUCCUUCGUCGAUGUCGAAGUCGAAAGCGAGAUCAACCUCCUCUGGAUCCGUUGCCUCAGGAUGAAUUACUUAACUUUGCUUGUGAUAUUGCGCAAGGAAUGCGACAUGUUGCUGCUUUGAGGUAUGUGUAUAUGAACCUGUGUGCCAAGAACGUCCUUAUCACCUUCCACAACAAAGCUAAAUUGUGUGAUUUCAGCAUGGCUACCGAGGUUCAGAAGCCAUUGAUACCAAUACCAUUCCUGGAACCACGAAAUCGUGGAAUGAAGCGAUGGAUGGCAUACGAGGCCCUGUUGGAAGGCCAAUACACAAUGAAGAGUGAUGUCUGGUCAUUUGGCAUUGUACUCUGGGAGAUAGUAACUUUAGGUGGGGUGCCCUAUGCUAACAAGCGUGAAUCGGAUGUCAUCAAUGAGCUUCGUGAUCAUAACCGUUUAGAAUGGCCUAAGCAUUGUUCACCAGAGCUUUAUGAUAUCAUGUUAAGAUGCUGGCACAGAAGACCUGAGAGCAGACCGACCUUCGAUCGGAUCCUCAAGGAUAUUAAAGCACUCAAGAAAACAGGAACGCCACAGAUCAAUCUGAAGGACUAUACAUAUCAGAUGUAUGCACCGAUCAGACUAGACUUAGAGACAAGCAACGGACUGACAGACUCAUUCGUCUAACCAACUCAUCAUCGGAUCAUUUAAGGUCUGAGUUCAAGUAUUCAAGUUUGUAAGUCAAGAAUUUAGGGGAAAUAUAACAGUAAGGGAAAUGUAUAAUGUCUUUCAUACUUACAUGGUAUCUAUAACAGGAAAAUGUGGGAGUUCUUUUAAAAUAUAUUUUCUUUGUGAUAUUGUAAUACAUUAUUUUGUAUAUUGACAAUGAUAUGUUCAUAUCAAUACUUUGGUAGAUCCAGAAGAAUUUUGAAAUUUGAGAGUAUUUAUUGGAGAUAAAAGUGCCUGAUUUUAUUGUUUACAUUCCAUAAAUUGUUUUAUGGAUGAUAUGAAUGGAUGAUUGACUGAUGUCACAAUGAUUAAUGGAUAGGGUGUUUUGGUGAUGUAUGUAGAUCUUGAAGAAAUUAUGUAGGAGUACUAUACUUUAGCUGAUUAAUAGAAACAAUUAUAGUAUUUUAUUACAACUCAAUAUUAUGUAUUUCCAUAUUUACUGCAAUGUGGUGAUAAGUCCUAUGCAUGUGGAUUGAGUAUUUGUUCCACUGUGUUGUUGUGGUGAUUAGACCAAUUGAUUUGCAUUGACUUGUUUCAUUGUUCACUAUUAUCAUGGUCAUUAUCUGAAUGAUGCUUUGAGCAUUUAUUCAAUUGUGUUGUCAUGGUUUUGUGUACGAAACAUUCAACAGGAAAUCUAAUUUCCGAAACAAAUAAUAUAAAAAUCAGUUUGCCAAAUUCCAAAUUCACCAUCCAUUGCUUUUGUAAAUGUCAAACAUGAAAGUAAGAAUAACAAGAGCAGUUAGCAAAUCUGUACACUUUUUAAUAUAAUGAAUGAAGAAUUAAUUGGCAAAAUUUUAAUAUAUGGCCAUGAAAUAUAUAUAGUAUUACAUUGAAAUGUGAAUCAAUUACUUUUUGUCAAUUCUUAAACAAAACAUGGCAUUGUUACAUUACACAAAUGAUAUUGUUCAAUAUACAGUAUAGUAUUUCACAUUAAAAAUAUACAUCUUGAACA